AUGGAUAUCAUCUCAACUCGAAAACGUAAAGCCUACAGCGUAGCGUUUAAAUUACAAGUUGUUGAAGCAUUGCGAUUUUCGCCUCGAUCUAAUAUUUCGCAGAUUGCAAUACGAUUCGGUGUCGAUCGUAAACGUGUUCGCGAAUGGAAUAAUUCCUAUGAUAAAUUAAGAUUGAUCGUCGAUGCAAAAAAGAAAGAUCGUAAAAAAGUUCAAUUUGUUCGACAAGUCAGAUCGCAAGAAAUUGAAGAUGGUGUCCUCAAUUAUAUGAAAGAACAAAUCAACCUUGGUGUUAGUGUUAAGAAUAAGGAUUUACAGCAUAAAGCCUUAGAAAUUGCUCAUACUAUUGGUCUCUUGGAUUUUAAAGCAUCCAAUAUGUGGUUAUAUCGUUGGAAAAAACGGCAUAAUAUUAAGUUAGGCAAUCGUGAAAAUCGUCGGCAACCUUACUAUUUUCAUCAACAAAUGAAUCAGUACAGUGGUGAAUUUUGGGGGCAAAUCAUGAAUUUGCAACAAUAUGGUGAUUUAGGUUAUUCUGCUCCAAUCGGUACUUAUCUUCAAGUUGAGCAACAACCAUUCAUAUUUGGACAAUUUUAA